AUGGCCAAACGCAGCAGAAUCAAGAAUCUUCUCACCACCACAUCCGCCGAGCUGCCAAGCGUUGUAACCCGGUCGCCAGCCGCUGGUCAAUCCAGCAGCGCUGUGGUCGCCCUUGCCUCCCAAUCCGCCGGGCAAUCCAGCCGAGAACCCUCUGCACGGCGCGCCGGGAAAAGAGCUCGGGCAGACCCGUCCGCCGAGCUAGUCACCGAGCUUACCACCGAGCACCCAACAGACGCGCCCGCCCCCGUGCCGGCCUGGCGCCCACAUUUGAAGCACCGGGGUCAGGACAUCCCGGCAACGGCUUCUAUCAAAGCUGACAAAGAGCAUUUGCUCGCCUUUGAUCUGACCAAGGCCCUGCUGCUACCGAGCGACGUGGUCGGCAGCGACCACGUCCCAGACACCCGGUUGGUCAAAUCGUCGGUGAAGUCCAUGGCCAGGGCCAUUCAAAAACAACACUUGGUUUUGGAGCGCAUCCACCGGCUUAGGCAGAAAGCCAACGACACUGCCAGCCAGGUUGAAAGCCUUCAAGCCGAGCUCGGCCGGGCUAAAGCUUCUCUCGAGAUGGCCAACAAUGAUAAUAACAGGCUGCUCGGUCAACUGAAUGCAGCCGAGAAAAAACAAAACGAGCUCCAGGCCGAGGUUGACACUUUGAAGAAGGCGAAGAAGCCGAGCUCGGCCGGGCUAAGGCUUCCCUUGAGAUGGCCAACGCUGAUAAUAACAGGCUGCUGGGUCAACUGA